AUGAUGCGAUCUGCCCAACUUGUGUGCCUUGUUCUUAUUGGUAAGGUUUUAUUCUCAAAAUUAUAAUUUCAUCUGUUCUUGUAGGACUCACACUGACUUAUGCGAGCGCAGAGAUUAUUCAAAAAGGCAAACUUGCGAAACAUGGACUGAUGAAAGAGAACAAGCCGAAUUGCCUUUUGGUGAGAAAAUUGAUGAACUAUGAGAAAAUCGUUGUGAUUUUAGACCAGAUCCAGACUUGGAUGUACAUGUACAACAUGCAAGGAGAUUGUCGGAUUCACCAGAAUGCUCAUCCUUAACCACGUGGUAGUUAUUUUUCCGAUUCGAAUCUGAACGAAUUCUUCAAUUUUUAGCCGGGUGAGGAGGAAGUUCUCGACAAAGUGUGCUACAGAAUUUUCGGAGAUGACAAGAAGAAGGAGUCGUUCUGUGAAGAGCUCAUCAAGGUACACAAUUAUAGACUAUUUCAGCCCACCAACGCGGUUCUUUUGCAGGAGGAGCUUCCGGAUAUCAUCAAAUACGUCAGAAAUCACUUGGAACCGAAACAGGCUUGCGCAAAGUUCUGCUAA